CUCCUACGUAACUUUCGCACGAGCUUUUUUUCAACUCAAAGCCCGAGAGCGUGGUGAGUUUCUUACAGGCUGUGGAGAGCAAGAAUUAACGACAUUUAAACGGAUUGAUUUUUUACGAAAGCAAGACAGAACGAAUUUGUUUAGUUCCAUUAAAUAUUUUCUUGAAAAGAGAAUCCCGUGGAUCAGCGGAAUAUCUCAGCGGAGGCACCGGUCGUCUUGGGCCUCCGACCACAUUUACUGGCCUGAAGGGAAGAAAAAAAAGUUUGUUGUUGUCACGUGACCCUCCGCCGGGUUAAUGUGUCCUUAAAAGUUUCAUUUCCAUUUUUAUUUAUUUAUUGUGUAUUUAUUACCUCCAAUCACUGUGUGUUUUUACCACAAUGCCCCAGCCAAAACACAGGAAGAUUGCAGUUUUGGGAUAUCGUUCAGUAGGAAAGUCAUCUCUCACUAUUCAGUUUGUGGAAGGACAAUUUGUAGACUCGUAUGACCCCACUAUUGAAAACACCUUUAAUAAAUUGGUCUCUGUGAAUGGACAGGAUUUUAAUCUCCAGCUGGUUGACACUGCUGGUCAGGAUGAGUACUCAAUCUUCCCGCAGUCUCAUUCUUUGGAUAUCCAUGGCUAUGUGCUGGUAUAUUCGGUGACAUCACAGAAAAGUUUUGAGGUAGUUCAAAUUCUUCAUGACAAACUGCUGGAUAUGGUUGGAAAAGUACAAGUGCCAACGGUUCUUGUUGGAAAUAAAAAGGAUCUGCACAUGGAGAGGAUGAUUAAACCAGAAGAAGGGAAGAAGCUGGCUGACUCAUGGGGUGCAGCUUUCAUGGAAUCUUCUGCCAAGGAAAAUCAGACUGCAGUGGAAGUAUUCAAGAGAAUCAUCAUGGAGAUGGAGAAAGCUGAUGGCAACACACAGUCCGAAGAUAAAAAAUGUUGUGUGAUGUAACAAUCUAGAAUUGCAAGCAGGGGCUAGGAGCCAUACAGUUUGAGCUCCUGCCACAUCAGAUCAGCAGCCCAACUCUUCUUAUCACAAGGCAAAUAAUGCAGUGGUGUGUAAUUUGCCAAUUUCAAAAUCCAAAAAAAAAAAAAAAAAAAAAAAAAUGACAGAAUCAUGACUGGCUGAAGCUAAUGAUCCACAAGAACCUGGAUCUGUUCUUCUGCACUGAAUGUACCAGCUUCUUGAUACCUGCCUUGGACUGGCAGACAACAGAAGCUCCUUUGCAGCAGUAUUUUGUAAA